CGGGUAGGUAAUCAUAUCAAUGUUUUCCAAAUCGCUGUCAUAGUAUUAGUAUAGUAUUGUCAAUUAAUAUUUUUCUCACUGUAUUCGAUGAAUUGAGGUUUAAUUUUGAUUAAGAAAACAAUGUUACUAUCACAUUUUUUUAAAUAUGACACAUAUUGAUCAAUAAAUGAAUUUAGAAUAUGGAUAAUCAAGAAUCUGAAGAGAGUAAUGAAAAUGUUUUGCCUGAAAAUAAUUGUACUGAUGAUGACAAUGAAAGCACUACAUCUGAAGAUUUGGAUUUGAAGUUAAAGUAUGGGCGAUUAGCAAAUGAUUUACAAAUAAUUUUAACUAAUGACUCUGCAAGCUGUAUAGCUGUUCAUCCUAAAUUUGUUUGCAUUGGUACAGAUUGGGGAGUUAUUCAUUUGUUGGAUCACCAAGGAAAUAGUGUUAAAAAUAAGGCCCUUAGAGCACAUUCUGUUGCUGUCAAUCAGAUUAGCAUUGAUGCUAAAGGUGAUUACAUAGCUAGCUGUUCUGAUGAUGGAAAGGUUCUUGUUUUUGGGUUGUACAGUUCAGAUAAUAAUCAUGAUAUUAAACUUGGACGGCUUGUCAGAUCAAUUGCCAUUGACCCAAAUUAUUAUAAAUCUGGGUCUGGGAGGCGGUUCAUAACAGGAGAUGAAAGGCUGGUACUUCAUGAGAAGGUAUUAUUUUCCCGUGUAAGGUCUACUGUUAUUGCUGAGGCUUCGCAAGAGGGAGGAGUAAAAACUAUGAAAUGGAGUCCCGGUGGUGAAUUUCUUGCAUGGGCAUCUCAUGCAGGUUUCAGGGUUUAUGAUCUUGUCGCAAGAGCUUCGCUUGGCCUUGUCAAAUGGUCAAAUAAACCACAGGUAGAUAUGAAGUGUCAUAUAUGCUGGAAGAAUACUCACACACUGAUUGUUGGAUGGGCUGAUACAGUUUGGGUUUGCAAUGUAGAAAGGAGAUCUGUUGUGACCCCUAUGGAUGCUUCAGUAUAUGUUGUGCGCCCAAUUUACACCUUUCAAACUGAGUUCUGGGUAUGCGGUGUCAGUCCUUUGAAUGAGAAUCUUGUUCUUCUCGGUUGCGUUAAAGACAGUCAAGGCGAGAGACCUCAGCUUCAUAUAGUUAAACCAGAAGAAGAUGAUUAUACUGAUUUAAUUAUCGAUAGUCUUUCACUCCGUGGUUUUCAAAAGUACACUCCCUCUGAAUACUCUCUAGAAUGCUUGGUUGAUGAAUCAAGAUUUGUCAUAUUAAGCCCAAAGGAUAUUGUUGCCGCUUGUCCUUACGACAGUGACGACAAAAUAGAUUGGCUUCUUGAACAUUGUAAAUUUGAAAAUGCGUUGGAGGUUGUUUCGUCAGCUUCGAAAUCUCUCAUACGCCAUACCUUACAUAGUGUAGGCAGAGCUUAUCUUGAUCAUUUACUGGCUUCUGGGAAAUACGAUCAAGCUGCCCUGCAUUCAUAUAAAAUUUUAGGAGAUGACAAAUAUGGUUGGCAAAAGGAAAUUUAUAAAUUCUACAAAGUUAACCAAUUGAGGUCUGUUGCUAAAUAUUUACCAUGCACGCCUGAAGCAUCUCUCUCUUCUAGUAUUUAUGAAAUGGUGCUGUGUGAAUAUUUGAAGAAUGAUUCUGAUGGUUUCUUGGAAACAAUAAAGAAAUGGUCACUCCCUGGCCUUUACAAUGUACAAGCUGUGAUAAAUGCCACUCUCGAACAUAUUUUGGAAAGUGAUCCAAAGACAAACCUGGUCUUACUCGAGGCCCUUGCCAUUUUAUAUUCUUACUCGGGAAAGCAUGAUAAAGCUCUUGCCAUGUAUAUUAAGAUUCAAAAUAAAGGAGUGUUUGAUCUAAUAAGAAGUCAUGAUCUGUAUUCCACCUGUGAGUCUAUGCUAAAAGAAUUAAUGAACUUAGAUGCUGAUAAGACAAUUAGUAUUUUAAUGGAAAGCAAAGUAUUUGAUAAGGACCUUAUAGUAUCAAAGCUUUCAAACAAUAGCUACUACCUCUAUCUUUACCUAGAUGCCUUAGAAAGAAGAGAUCCUAAAAAUUGUUACAAGUAUCAUGCUCAGCUUGUCAAGCUCUAUGCUGACUUCAAUAGAGAAAAACUUCUUCCCUUGCUUAAAGAGAGUAAUCACUUUUCGAUACAAGAGGCUCUGGAUAUUUGUCAAGAGCACAACUUCCUACCAGAAAUGGUUUACCUUUUAGGUCGUAUUGGAAAUACUCAAGAAGCCCUAAGUCUUUUAAUGAAAAUUGGGGACAUAGAAAAGGCGAUCAACUUUUGUAAAGAACAUGAUGAUCAAGAUUUGUGGGAAGAUUUGAUAAAUUACUCUCUCAAAAAACCAGAAUUUAUCACAAUACUGCUGCAGAGGAUAGCUGCUUUCGUCGAUCCAAGGAUGCUUGUACAAAGAAUAGAAAAUGGUAUAGAAGUACCUGGCCUCAAAGCUUCACUAGUCAAAAUGCUUCAAGAUUAUAAUCUUCAGGUAUCCGUCCAAGAAGGCUGCAAUGCGAUUAUUGCAGCUGAUUAUUUCAAUCUUCAUCAGCGAGUUGUCGAUAUUCAGCAAAAGGGCACGCUUGUAGGAGAUGAACAUUUCUGUGGAGUGUGUCACCUCAAAGUCAUAACAAAAAAUACAAAAGACGUACACCCUCCUGCUGACUUUCUGCUAUUUCACUGUAAUCAUAUAUUCCACGAGUCAUGCUUGCCUUCAGAUUCUAAAAUUUGUCGGAUAUGUACAACGCAGAAACAGAGAAUUAUUUUUUAAUAUUUAUAUUAAAUUUUUUUUUAACUACACAGUUUGUCUAAUAUGUACAUUUUUAAUAUAUUGUUAUCUUCUUUUAUGCUCAAUUUUUUUUUAUAUGUAUUCUAAAUGUUUUGAUAAGAAUAAAUAAACAUGUGAUAUAUUUC